AUGGACGGAAUGUACGGAAUUAACGGCGGCGGCGGUGGUGGUGUGGUGAUGACAAGAGACCCAAAGCCACGGCUGAGAUGGACGGCCGAUUUGCACCAUCGUUUCGUUGACGCCGUCACUAAGCUUGGUGGCCCUGAUAAGGCGACGCCUAAAUCGGUUCUAAGGGUAAUGGGGUUGAAGGGCUUGACAUUGUAUCACUUGAAGAGUCAUUUACAGAAGUAUAGAUUAGGACAGCAACAAGCCAAAAAACACAACACUUUUGAACAUAACAAAGACAACUGUGAAAGUUCUUAUGGGCAUCGGAGUAUGCAUAUGGCGAGCACGAGCGUGAAUUCAUCGAGCAUCAAGAGUGAACAAGGGGAAAUUCCAAUUGCAGAGGCACUUAGGAGUCAAAUUGAGGUGCAGAAAAGACUACAAGAACAACUUGAGGUUCAAAAGAAACUGCAAAUGAGAAUAGAAGCUCAAGGGAAGUACUUGCAAGCAAUACUCGAAAAAGCUCAACAAAGCCUUUCCUCCGAUGGCGCGAACCACCACUCCCAAAGUCUCGAGUCGACAAAAGCUCAGCUAACCGACUUCAACUUGGCCCUCUCGAGUUUCAUGCAAAACGUAAAUACGGACGAACGGAAUGCAAAUAUCGUGGACUAUGGGAAUUUGCACGAGUCGGAUUAUGUUAGUGAGGCACACGAAAGUAAAGACAUCAAGCUUAUUAAGCUCGAGGGGCCUUCGCUCGAUUUUGAAUUGAAUACCCGAAGAAGCUACGAUUUCAUCGGCAUCAACGGGUCGGUGUUUGAAGCUAAACCGCUCGGAAAUAGAUAA